UCGAGUUCUCAAACAGGACAAGUGGUGGCAGUGUUCAGUUUGAAAAGCUACAGAGGAUUUCUCGGAUGUGAAUCACGUGUGAAGAGUGGAGCCUGAUUUAAAAGCUCUUCUGUGCUUCUCCUGCAGCCUCUUCUUUUUGAAGAGUCAGAAAAGUUUGCUGGGAGCAGGGCAGCUGCCGCGUGCAUUAGGCGGACGUCGCGUGGAGCUCAGCUGCAGCAGCAGGGCUGCGCUCCACCACCUUCUACCCCAAGCAGGGCUCAUCGCAGGGCUUUGCAUUCACCUCGGCACUUCCGCAGGUACAAGUGUAUUAAAUCAGUCUAAAAGAAGACAGAAGGAGAGACCCAGCUAAUUUAGUACCUUUGCUACUUGCACUGCACAUGUACACCGACUAUUUAAUGUUGGUGAGGUACUGGGUUAUUUUCAGUUCCGAGCACUGCGGGAUUGGAAGCUGCUUUUCUGAGCUGGUCCCUUUGUAGCCCAUUUUUUAAUCGCUUUGCGCCAGUUAAGGGAAAAAAAUGACCAAGCAGGCUGGGUCCGACCAUAAAUUGUCUGCAGUGGCACCCCUCAAUGACUGCAACGUGGAGAAAAAAGAUGUAGAACUCAUCCUGCUGAAAGAGCAGAAUGGAGUUCAGUACACCAGCACCAACAUCCUGCCAGCCACCAGGGACCCACUGCACCAAAGCUCAUCCUCUGACACCGAAGAAAGGGAGACCUGGGGCAAAAAGAUCGAUUUUCUCCUUUCUGUUAUUGGAUUUGCUGUAGAUCUUGCUAAUGUAUGGAGAUUCCCGUAUCUGUGCUACAAAAAUGGAGGAGGUGCCUUUAUUAUACCAUAUACACUUUUCUUAUUAAUUGCUGGGAUGCCUUUAUUCUACAUGGAAUUGGCUCUGGGACAGUACAACAGGGAAGGUGCUGCUACUGUAUGGAAAAUCUGUCCGAUAUUCAAAGGUGUUGGUUAUACUGUGAUUUUAAUUGCAUUAUACGUGGGAUUCUUCUACAAUGUGAUUAUAGCAUGGGCUCUGUACUAUUUGUACUCCUCAUUCACAUUUGACCUUCCGUGGACAUCUUGUGGCAACCCGUGGAACAGCCCUAACUGCACUGAUCCAAAGUUUUUCAAUAAAUCGGUAAUUGGUAACAGAACUACUUAUGCAAAGUACAAAGUUACUCCAGCUGCAGAGUUCUAUGAGCGUGGUGUUCUGCACCUACACGAGAGCGGAGGUAUUCAUAACCUGGGAUCACCACGAUGGCAGCUCGCAAUUUGUUUAUUUUUGGUUGUAAUUAUCCUUUACUUCAGCCUCUGGAAAGGUGUAAAGACAUCUGGAAAGGUUGUCUGGAUCACUGCCACUAUGCCGUACGUUGUAUUGUUUAUCUUGUUAAUUCGUGGCAUUACUCUGCCAGGUGCCAUUGAAGGAAUAAAAUCCUAUCUCCAUAUUGACUUUAAACGACUUAAAGAAGCCACGGUAUGGAUUGAUGCAGCAACACAGAUAUUUUUCUCCUUGGGAGCAGGAUUUGGGGUUUUAAUUGCAUUUGCCAGCUACAAUAAGUUUGACAACAAUUGCUACAGGGAUGCUCUCCUUACCAGUACUGUGAACUGUGUGACAAGCUUCUUCUCCGGAUUUGCUAUUUUUUCUGUCUUGGGCUACAUGGCAAAAAAGCACGGAGUUAACAUCGAGGAAGUCGCUACUGAAGGAGCUGGCUUAGUUUUCAUCAUCUAUCCUGAAGCUAUUUCUACCCUUCCAGGAUCAACGUUUUGGGCUAUUAUUUUCUUCAUCAUGUUGUUGACGUUAGGCAUUGACAGCUCUAUGGGAGGUAUGGAGGCUGUAAUCACAGGAUUAACAGAUGAUUUCAAAAUUCUCAGAAGACAUCGGAAACUAUUUACAUUUAUAACUGCUUUUGGCACAUUCCUCUUAGCUCUACUAUGCAUAACAAAAGGAGGGAUUUAUGUGUUGACAAUGCUGGACACAUUUGCUGCUGGAACCUCUAUUUUAUUUGGUGUAUUGAUAGAAGCGAUUGGAGUUUCGUGGUUCUACGGUGUGGACAGAUUUAGUGAAGACAUCGAACGCAUGAUGGGCUUCAAGCCUGGACUCUAUUGGCGGCUGUGCUGGAAAGUCAUUAGUCCAAUUUUUCUGCUGUUUGUGGUUGUGGCCAGCAUCGUUAAGUUCAAGCCUCUGACAUACGAUGAAUACGUUUUCCCACAGUGGGCAAACCUGAUUGGAUGGGGAAUUGCAGUAUCAUCGAUGAUGUUUGUUCCUGCGUACGCAAUCUACAAAUACUUUACAAUGUGUGGCACAUUCAAAGAGAGGAUAGCUUAUUGCAUCACACCAGAAAAUGAACAUCAUCUUGUUGCCCAAGGAAAUGUAAGACAGUUUAAGCGUAAACACUGGCUGUCAAUAUGAUUAAUGGUGCUAUAAAACGAGUAUCCUUUCAUUUUAUGGACAAAAGACAUACCACGUUCAAGUUGCCAUGAGUCGAUCAUUGGGAAGUGGUUUUAGAGCUCCAAUGAUCAGCUUUUGUGACAAAACAUUUUAUAUAUAUAUAUAUACA